AAGAGAAAGACGCGCAAGAGGACGACAUGCUGGUUACUAAGGGCUUGUAGGCUCAUAUUUAACCACGGAAGCACACAGGUCUCGAAAUCAUGUUUUAAGGCGUCUUGAUCAUCCAAACGUCAUCAGAGUCGACCGGGAUAGACGCGGAGUGCUUUCAAAGACUCGGGAUAGAUGUUCCGACAUCAGGAGACAGUGAGCGAGGUCGCUUCCCAGAAGCUGAGAAGGCUGCGUGUGCGUAUCGGAUGAGUUCGUUUAUCAAGCAAUGCGGUGCUGAAGCGGAGCGGAAACAACAUUGCUUUCACGGUGGCGGUUCGAGGGGAAGCCUCAUUUGUCACGUUAGCGUUCUGUCACCUCACAUGUCGUGUGACCCACCCCCUCUCACUUGACGGUGACAACUUGACGACGCGUCGAAUGGCUCUCAAGUCGCUACAAUUCACUCUCCCUACAUCACCGCGCAUCCAAUGGACAGCGUCUCAAGAUAAAUCAAUCUCCCGCGAAUACCCACUCAACGCCGCCGAAGAGUCGUGCGAUGAUUACGUCGCGCGGACGUAUUUCCAGUUCCUCUGGCUACCAGAGUCAGUCAUGCCGCUGGACCUACUUAUCCCAUCACUGCUACGCGUGCAGCCCGAGUCCGACGACCCGAGCACCCCGUAUCACCCCCUGCACGCCAAGAUCGAGCGGUUACUGCUCGCCCCGCGCGCAGUGACAAGCAAAUAUCAAGUAGACCUGUCGCACAUCCUGGCGAACGGCGGUGGGGAGGGUGAGGAGGAGGAGACCAUGAUGUGGUACGCGAUUUCGCACGAGAAGUACGAGGAGGAAGAGGUCGAUGGGCAGGAACCGUGGCUCAACGACGCAUGGCGAACGAAGUGGACGGAGCGAAUGCAGCAGCGAGAAGUUCUCAUCCAAAUCCUACUUCAUUUCCUCAAGAUGUCUCUGCCCGGGCCACCGCCGCCUCCACCACCAGCAUUUCAGCCGCCUCCGGACCGGAAACUUAGGAAGCCGGGGGAGCGGGCGCCGCCACCGCCGCCGACUCUGGAGGACAAACUCGAGUCGUUCAUGGACAAACUUUCCAUGUGGCAGCUGGUCAACACCCUCGAUACCGGGCUACUGCACAAGACGGAAGACCGCGACUGGAUGCAGGUCUUCUGCGAAGACGUCGUCGAGAAACGGUUUUCAUCCCUGCUGCCCGAGCAGACCGCGCUGCUGCGAUCCAAGAUCUUCCCCCACUCACCCUUCUCGGACCACUCAGACACCGAAGACGACGAGCGCUCAGCAUCUCCGGAACCAUCAAAGGCGCCAAAACGCGCCCGCUCGUCCGCGAUCCCAGAACCGGUGUCGUCGUCGUCGGGAUCCACACUGGAGGCGCCUGCCCGGGCUCGAUCACGCUCACACUCGAUCAUCCUGGCGGAGGAACGCGAGCGGGAGCAGCAGCAACAGCGCGAAGGCAGCGUCGGGGCCCGCAAGCGCGUACUGACGCGCGAGGUGAGCAUGAAACGCGCAUUCAAGCCGCGGGAACGGGACACUGCGGAGGCGCAGCGGCGGGGAAAGGACAAAGAAAAGGCUGCAGAGGAGAAGAAGAGGGCUGACGAGUCGGCGCGCUUGGCUGCGGCGAGGGAACAGGAGCGCAGAGAGGGUGUCACUCUGGUAGCGGCGACGCCUGUGAAGGCCAGAACACGUAAAUGAUUGAAUGAGCUGGGCAUUCAUUCAAUACCCGUGUCAUUUGGCUGAACUUAC